UCUCACUUUCUCACAAGUCACAAGUAUUAGUCAGGAGAGUCUCUGCUCGUGCGUGAGGGCAGGACCGGGCUGUUUUAACGGGAAUCUCCGGCAGCAGCAGCAGAUCAGAGGCGGCCGGUGGGAGGAGGCAGAGAGGAGGCAGAGAGGAGGCAGAGGAGCUAGAGGAGCUAGACUCCAGCGCACCACAGCACAGCAGCCUCUUGGAGAGCAGCGAGAGCAGAGAGAGCAGCGAGCACAGAGAGAGCAGCGAGAGCAGAGAGGAGCCAGAGGAGCGAGGAGGAGCCGCCCGCACCAACCCAUGGCAUCGGAACUGGACAGCCAGGAGAUGGAUGGUUUAGGGGACCAGAGCAGAGAUGGACUAAACAGACUUACAGACAUCACAGCGGACAGAAUCAUGUCCUCCGUACCAGAGUAUUACGCCGGAAAGAACGUUUUGAUCACGGGAGCAACUGGUUUUAUGGGUAAAGUCCUAGUGGAGAAGCUGCUGAGGUCAUGUCCUGAAGUCAAAGCCCUGUACAUCCUGGUGAGGCCUAAAGCGGGACAGUCCAUGCAGCAGCGUGUCACCGACAUGAUGAAAUGCAAGCUUUUUGACCGAGUGCGAGAAGAUGACCCUGACUUCCACCAGAAGAUCAUCCCCAUCAGCAGUGAGCUGACGCAACCCGGUCUAGCUAUCAGCCCCGAGGAUGUGGAGAAACUCUCUGCCUGCAUCAAUAUUGUCUUCCACUGUGCAGCCACCAUCCGCUUUGACGAACCCCUCAAACAUGCCCUGCAGCUGAAUGUGAUCGCCACCCAGCAGCUCCUCAGCCUGGCCCAGCAGAUGCACCACCUUGAGGCCUUCAUUCACAUCUCCACUGCCUAUGCAAACUGCAAUCGCAAGCACAUUGAUGAAGUCAUCUAUCCUCCACCUGUCGAGCCCAAGAAACUCAUUGAAUCUCUUGAAUGGAUGGACGAAGGCAUAGUACGAGACAUCACCCCUCGACUCAUUGGAGACCAGCCCAACACGUAUACUUACACCAAAGCCCUAGCCGAGUACGUGGUCCAACAAGAGCAGGAGAAACUCAGCAUCGGCAUCAUCAGACCCUCUAUCGUGGGAGCCAGUUGGCAGGAGCCUUUCCCUGGCUGGAUUGACAACUUCAAUGGACCAAGUGGAGUCUUUAUUGCUGCUGGAAAAGGGAUCUUGCGAACCAUGAGGGCCAACAAUGAUGCUGUGGCAGAUCUGAUCCCUGUAGAUGUGGUCAUCAACCUGACUCUGGCGGCUGGCUGGUACACGGCUGUGCACAGGCCUAAAACCGCUCUGGUGUACAAUUGCACGACUGGUGGCAUCAACCCUUUCCACUGGGGAGAGAUUGAGCAUCAUGUGAUGUCAUCCUUUAAGAGGAACCCUCUGGAGCAAGCGUUCCGCAGACCUAAUGCCAACAUUACCUCAAAUUAUUUGAUGAACCAGUACUGGAUUUUGGUCAGCCACAAGCUACCUGCCUUUAUAUAUGACUUAUUCUUACGUCUCUCAGGCCAAAAACCACAGAUGAUGAGAAUCUUUAAUCGUCUUCACAAAGCCAUUGGUUUGCUGGAGUACUUCAGCAGUCAGGACUGGGAGUGGAACUCAGAGAACGUGAACAUGCUGAUGAGUCAGCUCACUCCUGAGGACAGGAAGACAUUUAACUUUGAUGUACGUCAGUUAAACUGGCCCGAGUACAUUGAAAACUACUGCAUUGGUACCAAGAAGUAUGUUCUGAAUGAGGACAUGUCAGACAUUCCUGCUGCUAGACAGCACCUGAGGAAACUGAGGAACAUUCGAUACACCUUCAACACAGUGCUGGUGGUUUUCAUCUGGAGAGUGUUCAUUGCAAGAUCACAAAUGGCCAGAAACAUCUGGUACUUUGUGGUCAGCCUCUGUUUCAAAUUCCUGUCGUACUUCCGUGCGUCCAGUACUUUGACUAAGUAAGUCUUCCUCGCUGCUCUAGUCCAGCGGCCCUCACCUUCAGAAAGACUGCCCUCCUCACUGUGAACAGACAUGGAUGGAGGCAAAGAGGACUACAGCCAUGAACUCUUUCUCAUGGACUUUCAGUACAAACAGAAUAAUGUAACCAACCCCAUCCACACAAACAUUAUCAGUUUUAUACCUACUGUUUUCCUCCAAAAGUGGCCAAUUAUAUAUGCAACCAGAAGCCUUUUGUUUGUCAAACUUUCUUCCCACAUAAUUGUUUCCACUCUUCUGAUUUUAGAUAGGUUGCCUUGCCUUGUGAUUACUUUUUUCAUACUUGAAAGUGGCAGAGCUCCAGUCAGAGGAGGAAAUUAAAUCAUUUUUGUCUUUUGUAUUUUAUGUUGAAAGUAUGAGUUUCAUUGCUUUUGCUUUGUUUGUCUACUGCCUUUUAAUACUGCAUACUCACAACCAUCUGUCUCAAGACCAAUCUAGACAAUUGGGACAACACUUGUUUUGAAACUAUUAUGACUAAAUGUUUGUUAAGUUAUCUAUUUUCGGAAAAAUUUCACUGUCUUGAAACACCUGUGUGUGAAUACUCAUCGACUUUUGCCUGUUUGUACAGUGGUUUGUAUUGGAACCGAGUUUACAACUUUUUCAUCUUUAUACUUAUAUAUUAAUGUGGCAGAAUUUAUGUAUUAUAAAUGAAUAUGACUACCACGGUACAUUAAUUAUCACAGUGUCACUCUCAGCAGUACACAUUCAUCUCGUUUUAAUGGCAUGUUUAUUUUUUAAGAAUUGCAUAAACAACAUUAAUUUGAAUAGUUAGCCCUGCAUGAACAUUUGGUGAUGUUAAAUACCGAGUUUGAAUCAAAUGGCCCAUGAUUAAUGUAGAGAAAAUGCAUAUUGAUGUCUGAAGAGUGUGGUCAGUAUUUGUGCUUUCAUGAGUCCAGAGGUGCUCUGUGAGAUACCAGGACAAAACUGUAGUUUAGAGGAGCACAGGGCAGAAGUGAGUGACCAUGGGGGAUCAAAACAGGUGCAUAUGAUCUGAGCACAUUUGUUUAUUUUAAGUGACACAUGCCAUGUACUUU